AUGCAAGACCACCCAAUUGGAAUUCCUGCUUGUUUCACAUCUGGCGAGAAGUUAACAGAUGAUCAAGCCACAGUAACUAGGUCAGGGCAGAGCGUGUUCAUGUCUGUUUAUCGUACAAAAAUUGCGGAUCAGUGCCGUGUGAUCACCAUAACAUGGUGCAAGAAUUUGUUGCUCCAUGGCCUAUCAGUAUCAGUAGAAGGCUCCGAAGGAGACAGCCAGUACACCUGCAAAGUGGAGUUAAAGCCUUGGUACUUUUGGAGGAAACAAGGCUCCAGGCGGUUUAUAGUGGAUGGUAAAGGUAUAGAUAUCUUCUGGGACCUCAAGGCUGCAAAAUUCAAUGGUGAAACUGAGCCACACUCUGAUUAUUACGUUGCUGUUGUUUGCAAUGAAGAGGUUGUACUACUCCUGGGUGAUCUAAAGAAAGAUGCAUAUAGGAAGACUGGAUGUAGGCCCGCUCUUAUUGAUCCCAUUUUAGUUUCGAGGAAGGAGCACAUGUUUGGCAAGAAGAAGUUUUCUACAAGGAUCAAGUUUCAUGAGAAGGGCAGGGUUCAUGAGAUCUCAAUUGAAUGCAAGAACAGAAGUCCUAAUAAUAGCAAUUCUGCUAAUGGGGUUGAGCCAGAAUUGGAGAUAAGGAUUGAUGGACAUUUGGCAAUUCAUGUGAAGCAUCUUCAAUGGAAGUUCAGAGGUAAUCAGUCCUUUAAUCUUAAUAAACUAAGAGUAGAGGUGUGCUGGGAUGUCCAUGACUGGCUAUUUAGUCCUGGUUUAAGACAUGCUUUGUUUAUCUUUAAGCCAAUAUUGCCAUCCACAUCCCUUUCCUCGCUAUCAACAUCAUCUUCAUCACCACCGUUAUCGUCCUUGACAUCGACACCACUGUCUUCUCAGACUGGAAGCUCAGGUUCAUUAGAGGGACUUAAUGCUGGUGGGUCAUCUGAUUUUUGCUUGUUUCUCUAUGCUUGGAAAGUUGAAUGA